AUGAGUGCCAACGACGUGCCCAGGGACCUGACGAAUGACGACGAGGUCUCUGCCUACAUCAAGCGAAAGAUUCGCGUGUUCCACAACUUCCCCAAUCCGGGCGCGGACUUUAGCGAUGUCACGUCGCUAUUGCUGGACCCCGUUGCUUUCCAGUUUGCCAUAGAUGCUCUGAAACAGCGCUACGUCGACCAGCGCAUCACGCACGUGGUGAGCUGUGAGUCGAGAGGGUUUAUAUUUGGCGCCCCCGUCGCGCUGGCUCUGCAAGCCGCGUUUGUGCCAGUACGACGUGCCCGACGGCUGCCCGGUGAUGUCGUGGGUUUAGAUUACGUCUCUGGUUUCCACUCGGGUCGCAUGGAAAUCCACCAGGACGCCAUCACGCGCGGAGAUCGCAUUGUGAUUAUUGAUGACCUCGUGGCAUCGGGCAAGACACUGAAAGUGACGGUCGAGCUUGUGGAACAGCUUGGUGGACACGUUGUCGAAUGCGGCUGUGUGAUCAAUUCGCUGCAGUCGACGCAAUCGCUUUUGCACGUUCCGCUCUACUGUCUCACUCAAAUGUGA